GUUGUUGUUAAGAUAUAGGUCAGUCAGUCAGCUAACGCAUCCUUCUUUGCUGCUAUUUUAAUUUCAUAUAAUGAAGCUGAAAGUGGUUGUCACUUGUUUGGCCGUUAUUCUAUUCUUUUUCACACCUGUAGAUUUGAAAUCCGUUACUAAACAAGAUGUGCAAGACCAAGAAGAGAAGCAGGAACAGUCAGUUGUGAAGACGGUAUCUGAAGAGCUUCAGGGUUCUGGAGCAGGAAAGGAAGAAGAGGACACCGUUGAUUGUGACGAGGAAAAACUAAAGAAAUGUAACAUUCUUUGCAAGAAAUCGAAGGCAGUCGAAAAGCGAAGCACUCACAAUGACAAGACUUGUGAAUGCAGUAGGCAGAUGUGUAAGAACGAGGACCCAGAGAAACGACGAAAAGAGUGUGACGAAAAGACGAAGUGUGACGACAAGACGAGGUGCAAGAAAUGUGCAAGUCAUUUCCAUGCUACUGGAGGUAAGAAGGAAGGCAACUGCACAUGCUCCAAGAAAGCUUCUUCUCCCGUCAUGCAACGCGUGUUUAGUUUCCCUGCCAUUAUGAUUGCACCAAUCAAAGGCUACAAUACACCAGAGAAAGAAGUACAGGGAAAGAAAGGUACAGCUUCGAAGAAGUGCUGCUGCCACGAUUGUUGUUGCUGUUGUUGCGAGCCUUGCUGCUGUUGCCACGAAUGUUGCUGUUGUCCAUGCUGUUGCUGCUGUUGUGAGCCGUGUUGCUGUUGUUGUGAUUGUCAUCACUGUUGUCAUCACUGCUGUGAUCACUGUUGCGAUCACUGUUGCUGCAAGAAGUCAGGUGCUCAGGGAGCCAUUAGACCAGGACCCCAGGGUGGCAAGUGAACAACGCAAUCUCAAUAACUUGAUUCAUUCUCUAGAGAUAAAUAAGGUCAAAACAGCAGACCCGAUUAGCUUGGACCUAAUGUUUCUAUUUCAGACCAUGUGUCAUUCUCUUUAGUUUAAGUUCUUUGUUUGAAUUGUAUCCAUAUUCAUAUGUCUUUUCAUGUGCAACCGUUAAACAAAGAAAUGUUAUUUUUGGGAAUGACACGUGGUCCGGAACGGGUAAACAUGCCCAAGGUAAAGAGUUAGAAAAUUCUAUUGUUGUUUCAAGGGCGCUAGGACAGACGGAUUGGCUUAUAUAUCGGUAUGUUUGUUUCACAUAUUCAUAGAUAUUAAAAAUAAUUCACUGAUCAGUAUGUUUGUUUCUAAAUAGAUACUAACCGUACGAGACGAAUAUUUACCGCUGCACUAUCCGUGCAAAGGAGCGCCGGCGUCGUUUCGUUAGCGAUUACUUUCUUUAAUAAGUUAAUCAAAUUUACCUUCAGUGCAGAAAAAUACAGUAAAAUAUUUUACUAGUACAGAGAUAGUGCAGCGGUAAAUACUCAGAGCGUACAGCUGAUUCAAACCAGAAAGACCGUUGGUUGGAAAGAAGGUUUACUUCUAAAAUAAGUGAGCCGUAAUUAGUAUCUAUUCAGAAACAAACAUACUGAUCAGUGAAUUAUUUUUAGUAUCUACGAAUAAGUGAAACAAACACACCGAUAUAUAACCCAAUCCGUCUAUCCUAGCGCCCUUGGUUAUUUUAUGGUGAAAUCAUACGGAUUUUGUCUUCAAAUAUAUCAGAAACUAUAGUACAAAUGAAUGUACUGUUGUAAAAACCUUGGCACGAGCCAGUACACAUUACCCUACGGCCUGGUUUCUGCCAUGUUGUUGCUAUGCAGAGAAGAAAAGUAAAACUUAUUUUUCACCAAGGACUUGUAGACUAUUUUACUAUAAGUGUCUGUUUGCAUGUUGAUAUACAAAGUAUCUGUAUGCAUUUUAAUGUUAGAUUAAAAAAAUAAUCCAGA